ACCACUCCUCGUAAAAGGCACAGGAGAUGAGUGGUAAGGAUAUCACACAGCCAUGCCCAUGCUUUGCUCGCUACCCCCAAAUCAGGCGGCGCGCGGGCACGUCGUCCACGUCCAGGUCAGCCCUCCCCGAGACAAUCUCCCCCGAUCCCGACCUCCUCCCGUCCCGGGUCCCAACCAACCAAACAAGCAGCGGCGAGCGCAGAUGGCAGCAGCGUCGCAUCACAGUGCAGCAGAAGUUUUGCCCAGUGAGACCCAGGUCACCAUCUCCCUCGGCCUCGAUUUUCAUGUGCCAGCCAGGCGCGAGACCACGGCCCCCCUAGACUCCUGCCUCUUCUUCCACCUCAGCUCAGCUCGCAGCCCGUAUAUAUCCACCCCACCCCCUCCACCACCCUUCUCACAUUUGCCAAUUGCCGCACAACUCUGGAGCAAGCCUUGAGGGAGAGGGACGGAGGGAGUUGCAUUGCAGAUAGGAGAUAGUUUUUGCGGCGGUAGAAUGGCUGGCCGCUGCGGCUUCUCGCCAUUGGCAAGGCUUCUCCUCCUGGUGGUCCUUCUUGGCGCUACCCUUCACGGCGCUGGCGCGGUGGCCAGGCCGCUGCUGGGCAUCGCCGAGCCGCCGGCCUCGCCGGGCGCCGCGGCGGCGGGACCGGGGGACGCUGCGCAUGCCGGGGCAGGCGGCGGGCCCGGCCGAAGUUCCGAGGCCGGCGGGGAGGUGAUCCUCGCCGGGUUCGCGGCCGCGUUGAUCAUCGUUAUCGUCUGCUACAUCGGGGUCACCAGGGAGAGCAGCAGGAGCAGCAGUGGAGUUGGAGAGAAGCAGGGAAGCUUAGGAGGGUUCUAAUCGACAGAUGAACAUCUUAACUUGAUCGCCAAAAAAAAAGGAUAGAUGUAGUACUAGUAUAGCAGACUUCAGAGAGGGUUGAAAUAUAUAGUUUAGCAGCUGUUUGAGGUUUGUCAGUCCACUGAUCUCUGAUGUGUGCGUGUGUGUGCCCUGUACAUCCCUGUUGAGAUGUGGUGAGAUGCAGGAGAGAAAGGGCCUGUUUGGUUGUGGGGUGGGAAAAAAUUUCAUGGAAACAUUUCCAUGUGUUGGUUGG